AUGAGGGACCCUGCCAUAGACAUGCUCGAGUUUAUUUACAGCAUACCACCAUCCGUCAACCCCUACGCGGCAACGGCUGAACGCGUCAAAGAAUUGGGCAGGGGGGGUCGUCCAGUUCUAGUGGGACGCAUCAUCCGUCGAAUCAUAUGCUUCCAGUUCAUCAUUGUAAUUUGCCAAGCCAUCGCUGUUCUUUGGCUACGCAGCAGAGGUAAUAAGUUGCGUUUUUUCAGGUACAACAAACUUGGCUUGUUUCAUGUGGAACUGCUCAAUGAAGUCGUGCUGUUGAUGCUCCUUUAUUCUGUGUGCGCUUUUUCCGAUCUAGUUACGCAGGAUCUGGUUCAAAACGGUCACUUGAGGUUCUCGAACAAGAUGUUUCUCCAUACUGGGAAGUUCAUUUUUUCGGCGGCUGUUUCGUGCCGAGCUGAUGUGCUUACUUAUACAAAUGGAAUACGCGAAGUCUUUCUGUGGAUUUUAGGCAUCGAAUCAGUGAUGAACCUCACCUCUCUAGGAGCACGGGCGCGAACUGGAGCCUCGAUCAAGCUUUCGGGUCUCAAACGAUUUGUGCUCAACGGCUUACUUGUCGCUGUUGUGGCUGUUCCUGGUGCGAUUAUUUUGUGGAUCUCUGUUGCAACCUCCAUCUUUCUAAGAGAGGUCGAAGACACCAGCGACCAAGUUGUUGAAGCCCUUUACAAAGGUGCACGAACUUGGCGGGCCGAUACAUAUAGCUCGUUACAGUUGCUUCAACUUUUGAAACCUACGGAAGGCUUCCAUGCUAGAAGUAAACAUGUGAUUGACAAUAUCAAGUUCAUGAUUCUCCUCUAUGCGGGGCAGCAUUGUGUAAUAGCCGUUCUUUAUAUCCCGACUUCAAUAAUCCUCCUACGAAGCCUCCGUCAGCAGUGCCUCACAGGUACUUCUGUGAUGAAAGGCACAACCUCAGGAGGGACUGCAGUUUCUGACCGCAGCAAUCCCUUGCUCCAGGUGAGAAAGCGGCUAAUCAACCAAGCAUACUUGAUUCAUCUUGAAGAGCUGUUGCACCUACCGCCAGUGAUAUACUUGUACAUCGGCAUCCAGGGUACUGCCUACUAUGCCGACCCGACUUGGAUUCUGAUAGACGAAAUUGCGAUCCAUGGACCUUCAGUCAUCAUAGGAACCAUUAUCCUGACCUUUUCGAUCCAGAACACAUUAUACACCACCCGAGCCGAACAAAAGUCCAACAACAAACCGAUCCCGUUAGAGCUUCCCAAGCCCCACGAAGAUGUGAUGGUCAACUUAGAAGAUACAAAAUCCACGUCCACCUUCCAACCUGCAAAGUUUUGA